CGAUUCUCUCCGCCGUCGCCGCUCGAGAAACUUGUCAAUGACGAGGAGGCGCUUAUGGCAGCCCAAGAUGGAAACACAAACUAAGCGAAGGAAAAUUCGUAAAGGGACACGGUCUUGUUGGGAAUGUAAACGGCGGAAAAUUAGGUGCAUAUUCGCAUCAUCCGAACAUGUUGUUUGCACCGGUUGCCAACGCCGUCGUGUGCCUUGUGUUACGCAGGAUAUGCCCGAGGAUUCAUCCCCCGCUAGGACAGGCAACCGACAUCUUGGUGAUCGUAUCUCUAGAGUUGAAGACUUCGUAAAGGACUUCCUUACUAGUAGACAUGAUGGCGGGAUAAACCAGAUUGGAGGAGAGUCGCGGCAAGAUAGACGUUCAAAGUCCGAUUCCCUGGAGUUGACCCAAAACUCGCUACUCCUAACUCCAGACUCGCAAGGCGCAGCACAGACUAUACCAAAUCAGCCUGAGAAUGAAACAGCGCUUCACUACUUACUGAAAGCCUUUCCAUCUAAAGAGGAUACCGACAUCCUACUUAGGGAGAGCGCCAAACCAUCGCUUUACACCAGUGUUAUCAAUACUCAGCCGCAUAGUAAACAGACCCGUGAGGCUCUUGCAGGACCCUACCCUAUAGCUAAGAUUCCCAGCUUCAAUACUCACCCGGUUAUUGUAGCUAAACAUAUGCUCAUGUUUUCAAUCACGUUACAGACACCGUCUAGUGAAAGCCUGUUCGGUCUUUCGGAACCACAUAACGUACUCAUGCGCCGACUAACAACGGCUGCUAAGACGUGGGUAACUACUAAGGAAGAGAUGCACGGAACUUUAGAGGGUCUGAUUUGUAUCAUUUUAGAGGGUAUAUUUGAGAUGAACUGCGGUUAUCUUCGACGGGCUUGGGCAGUCUAUCGCAGAGCAAUGACAGUCGCCCAGUUGAUGGGCCUUCACCGCUCUCCCAUGCCACCGCUCAAACGCCUUGACCCGGAGCUUAAUGCUGAUCCAAAGUUCAUAUGGUUUCGCAUCAUUUAUAUGGACCGUUAUCUCAGCUUAUUACUCGGUCUACCUCAAAGCACAUCUGAUAAGAGUAUAGGAGCCAUGCCUAUUUUACAGCAUGAGCCACCUAUGGGCAAAUUCGAGCGAGUACUCACCGUUAUAGCAUCUCGUAUUUUAGAGCGUAACGAAAGUGCCUUUGCCGUCGGCGAGAUCGCGACAACCCAGUCCAUUGAUUCCGACCUAUUGAGUGUGUCGAAAAGUAUGCCAGAAAGCUUUUGGCGACCGGCGAAUUUUCAUAACCUGACACUAGGGUCGCCAGAUUCCGUCUUAGAAACAGCGCGUCUAGCAGCCCAAGUUUAUUACUAUGGCCUAGUGAUUCAGCUUCAUUCGCCAUAUAUGAUGCGACUAGGCGGCAACGCGGAGUAUGAGUAUUCCAAGGUCGCCUGUGCUAACGCUAGCCGAGAGAUAAUGACGCGCUUCAUUGCUCACCGAAGCUUCAAUCCUAGAUCAUCCUGCUCACGCCCCGUGGACUUCUUUGCUCUUUUAGCAGCGAUGACCCUCCUUUUGGCUCACCUCGACUCUCAUCAUCGCCAAGAAGCGACUAACUUCCUAGCCCACCAACGCCUGGGCGACCGUGCUAUGUUGGAGGAGGCCCUGGAGAAGAUGGAUGUAGUGAUUAACCUUAGUAAGGAUAUAAUAACCGAGAAGAGUGCUGAAUUGAUUCGACGGCUACUUGACAUCGAGGCAGACGCAGCUAGCGGAAACAAUUAUAUUGCUAGGAGCGUAAGAGGAGAUGACGAGGACGACGCGAAUGGAAGCGAAGAGCUUCGCUUGCGUAUCCCGUACCUCGGUAUUAUAAAAAUAGGUCGCCAAGGCCCCAUCUCAAGAGAGCCUUCGCUGAGGAAUGUGACGUCUCGAUCGCAAACCUUCGAGACCGAGCUCCCACCCAGGGAUCAAUUCUCUACGUCCAAUGAUGUGUCUGUGUUUCUGCCUCCUACAUCAUUUACAGAUGGACAAUCGUCCAGCCGUAUUGGUGCCGCAACCCCGGGCUGCACGUCCCCAGGAGAUCCGCGGGAAUGGGGAGAGAUGAGUGUCCCGUUACAGACACCUGGGCACGAGCAGUCUGUACCGCAAAUAUUAAGCCCCAAUGACGAUAAUAGCACCAUGCCGCCUUAUGUGGAAAUUUCUUCCGCCGCAGAAGACGUCAGCGAUUGGGCAUUCCAAGGCGUUGAUACGGCGUUCUUCGAUAGCUUGAUGCGGGGAACGUCCAGCCUGGAUGCUGCCGGGUUAGACCAGUAACGCACCGAGGAUUCGCUAAUAUGUUAUGCCAGUACGAAAGAAUCCGAGGCGACUAGCCGACUUAAUACAUAUAAAUACUCAUUAAUUCUCUUGCUUAGAUUAAUGUUCAACCCCCCUUUAGCUAUCCUAAGAGUUCUUGACAACCCACUACAGCAGAUAUACCAUUUAGUAAAUCAAGAUAUACGAGGUGACGGCGAUGUGGCUUGGUAAGG